CACAUUGUGUGUGUAAAUUGUGUUCUGAUUCUGAACUCUCAGCUGCCAUUUCUAUUUCUAAUAGUUUUAAAGAGGAAGAGAUGAUGAAGAGAAGGGCGGGAAGGGGUCAGAUUCCGUUUUGGAUGCGUGUGUUUGUGCGUUUCAGGUUUAAUAAUUACUUUUCUGUUUCAGUGAUGCAUUAAGUUUUGAAGCAAUUAUAGUUCACUUUUCUUUUCUAUCUUUUAUGCCAACCAACCAACCCCCUUGCCUGCCUUCCUUGGUCAGAAACUUUUCGGCUGCUUUUAUAUUCUACUAAAAUCUAAACUCCAAGUCCCAUCUGGUUCUUGGGUUUUCUCUGUUCUAUGUUUGGUGUACUAUUUCAAAUCUCUUCAGAGGAGUAGCAAAAGCUAACUUUCCAAUCUGGGUUGUAGAAGAUCAAUCGUUUCCUUCUCUGAGUUUUCACCUUUUGAGCUGUGUUGACCUUCACAAGCUCUGCUGGAGCCUCUGCACUCUCGCCCAAAUUUUCAAGAAUUUGUUUUUUUGAUUUGGGAUAUUGGGUGUUUUUUACUCUUUCUUAAAUUCCUUUCGUUUAAGAUCGGUUCGCAUAGUAAUUUAUUAAUUGUUUCUAUAUAUAGCUCCUAGUAUUAUAAAUAUCCAUUAAAAGGUUUUUGUUGUGUUGAUCUCGCGCCCAAAACCAGGGAGUUUCCCCAUCUGGGUUUUAUAGAGUGAUGCGUUUUGAAGGUUUUUGUUAUGGCGAGUUUGGUCCCUGGUGUUCUCUUGAAGCUUCUACAGCACAUGAACACAAAUGUGAAGGUUGCUGGCGAGCACAGAUCAUCACUGCUUCAGGUUGUUAGCAUUGUUCCUGCACUUACAGGUGGAGAGCUCUUCCCAAACCAAGGGUUUUAUCUCAAGGUAUCAGAUUCUUCUCAUGCUACCUAUGUAUCUCUACCUGAUGAACACGACGAUUUGAUUCUUAGUGAUAAGCUUCAGCUGGGUCAGUUCAUUCAUGUUGAGCGGCUUGAGGCUGCUUCUCCUGUGCCUAUUCUAAGAGGGGUGAAGCCAGUACCUGGUAGACACCCCUGUGUCGGCAGCCCUGAAGAUCUGGUUGCCACUCACUCUCUUGGAUUCCUCAAUUCAUCUGGAUCAAACCCUGCCCAGAAGUUGAAAACAUCAUCGAAGGUCUUGAAUGGUAGCAACUCAAUUGGGGAUAGAGAGAAGAAUUCCAGAACUGUGUCCAAAGGUGUUAAGAGGAAUCCAAUUGUGGAGAAACAAAACGGUAGUGCUAAGGUUGAGUCGUCUGGUAAGAAGGUGGACAGCCCGCUAAGUAGAUCAAAGUCUCUGGUAUCGAAGACUGCUUUGAAUCUGGCAGAGAAGAAGGAAUCAAAGUCGAAGUCUUCGAAUUCAUGGUCGAUCCCUUCGUCGCCGACAAGUUGUUACUCUUUGCCUACUUCAUUUGAGAAGUUUGCUAAUGGAGUUAGACAGCAAGCAAAUAUCAAGAGGCCGGAUAAGGCAACUGGUGCGUUGGGAUUAAUGGAGAAGACAGCUUCUAUUUUUCGGGCAAGUUCUGCAGGGAAGAAGGUGCCUGCAGGGAAUUCUAUUGGGAAUGUGUUUCAGGGGAUUGAAUUUGGAUCCAAGGCUUUGAGGAAGAGCUGGGAAGGGUGUAUAGACAUGAAGAAGGGUAGGGAGAAUUCAAGCUUGGAGGUUGCCGCCAAGUAUGAUUUGAAACCUGAAGCUCGGAGCAGCUCGCAGGUCUCUCGGAGGAAUCCAGCAAUAAAUGAAAAGUUGUCAUCUAAAGAGGAAAAUGUUCAGAUGACUGCAAAAAAAGUUACUGCAAAUGGAGGUCUCAGUGAUCUUGAUAAGUCAAAUAAUCAGCGGACUUCUGUCGGAAAGAAAACAUCAGAAGUUGCUAGCAAUGGGCUACCUGGGAACUUAGUCAAGGUUCUUCUCAAUAACAGAAGAUUGACAGAUGGUAGUGUUUCAUGGUCUUCGAUCCCAUCAUCUCUUGCUAAGCUUGGAAAGGAGGUUAUGAAGCAAAGAGAUGCUGCACAAAUGGCAGCUAUUGAGGCCAUGCAAGAAGCCUCUGCUGCAGAAAGCUUAAUACGUUGUUUGAGCAUAUUUGGUGAGUUAACUUCCUCUGCCAAAGAGGACAACCCACAGCCUAUAGUUGAGCAGUUCUUGAGUCUUCAUGCAAGCUUGAAAAGAUCCCGCCUGGUUGCUGAUUCCCUAUCAAAGACUACCUCUACAGUAUGUUCUCCAAAUAAUGAAGAUGAUCCAUCUGAAGAAGCACUGAAGAUCUCUUCAGAGAGACGUAAACAUGCAGCUUCAUGGGUUCAAGCUGCAUUGGCCACUGACUUGUCAUCAUUCACCGUAUUUAAUAAACAACCAAUUUCCUCCUUGGGACCAGCUAAAACUCCAUCUCAAAGCCAACGAGUUACAUCUGCCAACCAACCCGCCAUACUAGUGCUUGAGAACUCAACGAAGAAUUCUUCAACAAAGCCCCAGGCAAAAACGCGCACUUUUGUUGCCUCUAAGCUUGUCACACCUGGGACCCCUCGCCGAGCUGGGACUGCCCCAUCCUUGGCUCAGAAGUCACAAGCUACACCAGUUGAGUGGAUCCAAGGAAAUGGCAUUGAUGAGGCUGUUGACUUGGCACAGACAUUAAGAGCAGAGUCCCAGGACUGGUUCUUGGGAUUUGUUGAGAGGUUCCUAGACGCCGAUGGUCACACCACAUCUAUGUCAGACGGUGGUCAGAUAGCAAGUAUGCUGUCUCAGCUCAAGAAUGUGAAUGACUGGUUGGAUGAAAUUGGGUCUUUGACAACAGAUUAUGACGGGUCUCGCGUUUUAGCUGAGACAAUUGAUAGGCUGAGGAAGAAGAUCUAUGAAUAUCUUCUCACACACGUAGAAUCUGCUGCAGUUGCUGUUGGUGGUGGAGCACAGAGUACACAAUCAAAUCGAACAACAGAAACAAAAAUGACAAGAUGACAGUUAAAACAAAUAUAUAUACUGCUCAGCUGCAGUGGCCUGUGAAAGUGAUCCUACUUAUCCAACAAGCAAGUGGUUAUGUUGCGAUCGCUAAUUGAUGUGUAUAUAUAUAUAUACUGCAGAUCAGGGGCAUAAAGCAGGGUGUUCAUAAUUUAUGAUCAUGAUGCAAAGUGUUCGAUAGGAACUGAAGGAUGCUAGCUUCAUGUGUUACUCAAAAUUUAUACAAAUGACUGUAGUUAAGAUGGGAUGGGAUGGGAAUGUUAUACAA